GGCUCUAAUAUUGGAAAACAGGCUUAUACAACACGCCAAAAGCAUACAAAAACUGUGCCAUGAUCCCUUUCAGUUUCGAUGCCUGGAAAUGGCUCUAAUAUUGGAAAACAGGCUUAUACAAGUUUGUUUUCACUUUCCUAUUCCUGGAAAUUCAGUGUUUUGCACUGAGCUACUCCCUUCUCUGCUAUUGGCCAGAUUCCAGUGUGGGUGAGGCACAAGCUAGAAAUACUCAGAGCUCCACACACACACUUCAGUGUCAGGCCAAUUUUUUCUCUGCGGUUUUCACAUAAAAACACAAGACUUGAAUUGUCAGAAGAGGACAAUUCUGUGCAGAAGUUACUUCCCAUGCCAGGGCUAUAAGGAGAUUUUCACCAGAUGCAGCAUUUUCUGAUCUUCCAGUGGGAACAUUAUGACCUCAACACUGGUACCUGAAAUCUCUUUUCUUGAAGGAGCUGAAGAUAGAGCACCAACCAGAAUCAAACUCGGUGACAUCCUGAACCCCUAACUGGUAGAAAGCCUCCCUAUGCCCAGCUGCAUUGAACCCAGUCCCAGGAAGUGUCUACCUUGAGAAAAGCAGCAUGCCAUUUCUGACCACCAGCCGGUUUCAAAGCUGCCUGCAUAAACCUGCAUAACUAACAGUGUACUCUACUGCUGGCAACCAUGGGUCAGACUUCCUCCUCCACACCCUCUCAAACUAAGACUCAUGAUAUAGCCUCCAGCUUUGACAAGUUUUUCAAGAAUUACAAGAUGGAAAGUAAAAUUCUCUCUCAGGAAACCAUCACUCUGAUUAAAUCACACAUGGAGAAGGGAGACACUCAGAAGACAUUUUCUGCAAUCAAUGAUGCCUUGAAGGAUCUCGAGAAUGCCCCACUGAGCAUUGCAGUGACAGGGGAAACUGGGUCAGGAAAAUCCACUUUCAUCAACGCCCUGCGGGGGGUGGGGCAUGAAGAAAAUGGUGCAGCUGCGACUGGGGCGGUUGAGACAACCAUGGUGAGAACUCCGUACCAACACCCAAAGUUUCCUAAUGUGACAAUUUGGGACCUGCCUGGUGUUGGGUCGACUAAUUUCCAACCACAGAAAUAUCUGAAUGAAAUGAGAUUUGGUGAGUAUGACUUUUUCCUCAUCAUCUCUUCAACACGCUUCAAAGCACAUGAUGAAAAACUGGCCAAAGCCAUUGUGAAAAUGAAGAAGAAGUUCUACUUUGUUCGAACAAAAGUUGACAGUGAUUUGUACAAUGAGCAAAGGACUAAACCUAAUACCUUUAAAAAGGACAAAGUCCUGAAAAAUAUCCAAGAUAGCUGUGUGGCAGAGCUGAAUAAGGUUGAUGGGGCUGCUCCUCAAGUUUUCUUAGUCUCCAGCAUUGAUGUGUGUGACUACGACUUCCCUACUCUGGAGAACACCCUUCUGAGGGAGCUGCCAGCUCAAAAGCGCUACAUCUUCAUGCAGUGCCUGCCCAGUGUUACUGAGGCUGCUAUUGAUAGAAGGAGAGAAGCCCUGAAGCAGAAGGUCUGGCUAGAGGCCCUGAAGGCUGGAGCAUCAGCCAUUGUCCCUAUGGUGGGAUUCAUAAGUGAUAAUGAUGUAGAGAAGCUGGAGGAGACCUUAAUGCUCUACAGGUCUUACUUUAGGCUAGAUGAUGCCUCACUGGAAAACAUGGCCAAGGAUCUGCAUGUGUCAGUGAAGGAACUCAAGGCUCACAUUAAGUCUCCCCAUUUAAUGUCAGUGGAGAGAGAUGAGUCCUUAGGAGAAAAACUGAUGAAAUAUAUUGAGAAUAUUAUCCUUGCCACUGGAGGGCUCGUUGCCAGUGGCCUUUACUUUACAAAGAUCUUCUAUUUGCAAAAUUAUUUCCUUGACACUGUGGCCAAUGAUGCUAAAGUUCUCCUUAAAACAGAAGAUCUUUUUGGGACUCAGGCCUCUGAGUAGGGUUAUAAAAAUAGAGAAAGUGAGGAAGUCACUUUCCUCUGAAUUGACAUCAGUGUUUUCAUGGCACUGGAGAAUGGAAAGGUGGCUUAGGUUUGAGGCGGCCUGACCAUGCUGUGAUAUCCUUAGGAAUCUGGAAUUUUAGGAGAGAAUAUCUAUCUGUAAGUAUGAACUCAUGAUAUCUUAUCUUUAAAAAAGAAGAAAAACAUAAUGAUGUUGAUACAAAAAGGCUAAAAAAAGAACUGUUGACUUUGCAAAAUGACCCUUGUCUCGGGAUUACUUUAAAUGUAGUGUUCAAAUUUUAAAUGUA